AUGGUCUGGUACGUUGGGAAAACUCGAAAAAACAUGAAGUAUGUGCACAGCGAGCGAAAGCUGGAUGUUUUGGGCGAUAUGUUCUACAAUCUUUUGUAUCUACGAUUGUUUGCAAGCGAAAAGAGCGUGGAAGAAAGCCUGUGCGAGCUUGUUCAGAGUCUGCCGAUAAACAUCUUCUUGCACAGCGAGAAUGGUGCUGGGUUGGCUCUGGAAUACUGUGAAAGCGCAGAUAUAAGCUUGCUGGAGGCCAAAGCAGAUGGGUACAGCUCGAAGGAGAAAGAGUUCCUGCACGCGCGCAUAGCGAUGUCUAUGCACAUAAAGACGCGGCUGAUGCAGAUCUCUAGAAAGGCAGGGGCUUUGCACGCCUUCAUUUGCACUGAGAUAACCGGCGGAGACGCAGAGAACAUAAAAGCCAGCAGGCCUGGGUAUACGAAGAUCCAGGCCAUUGAGAAAAGCAGGGGUGCCCUGCUUCGGAUCUUCAAAGAAGCUGUGAAAGACGCAUUCUACGAGGUGAACAGCAUGGAGAAGCUGCUUGAUUUGAUAAAGGACACACCCCCACGCACGGCAUUGCCCCGGAGAGUUUUCCAGAAGGAUGAAGUUGCUGAAAGUCUUCUAAAGUGCUCGGGUGCAAGCAGAGAGUUUCCAGGAACGUGCACCCUGUCAAACAGCACCCACUCCCUGGGCUCACGGCUUCGCAACGACAAAAUAGUGCGGAUACGGAACAAGAACGACUUCCACAACUUUUACCCGAGCAGCCCAGGCUAUGAGAAGUGCGCAAAGUGCAGAGAGAUGUCCCCGGUGUACGAGGAGAAUCAGUGGAGGCUUGAAUUUGGUGAGCUUCCUCUCCCAGAAAAUACUGCGUUGGAGUUCUCCUUUGCCCCAGCCAUUUUUCUAGUCUCCCUGUUUCUGAUAGGUGGGUAUCUGGCAUGCGCAAGCAUUAAAGGCCUCCUAGCCUGA